AUGCCUUCUGGCCAGAAUAUGUACAUUGUCCUUUCGUCUUUCAGAGAUGAUCUUCAUUCUCAGCUGAAGGAACUAAUUCCCAAACGACAGGUAUUCUUCUCAUAUGUUCCUCCUAGGAAACGGCGGUGCCCAUAUAGGGAUAAGGGGUUAGAUGUGAGAUUACUAUGUAAUUUUUAUAAGACUGAUUCAAAGAUAUAUUGUCCUUGCAAGAAAUGUGUGAACCUUAUAUUUGGGACAAGAAGUGGCGUGAAAGAACAUUUAAUUAUAAAUGGAUUCAAUACUAAGUAUACAAGAUGGACAAUUCAUGGAGAGUCUUUAGCUUCAUCUAGUAGAAAUGAAUUGGAUGCAAAUCAAAGCUCUUAUUUUCAAGAUGAUAUGAUUGGUAUGGUGCAUGAUGCAUUUGGAGUUCCAAGGCAAGAUGGUGGGAUUAGAGACGAUGAAGGACUUGAAAGUAUGGGAUUAGGGCCCGAUAAGGAGACUAAGAAAUUUUUUAAGCUGCUUGAAGAUGCACAACGUGAGUUGUACCCCAAUUGUAAGACAUUCACAGCUCUCUCUUUUACAACUCAUUUGUUGCAUAUAAAAGUGCUUGGUGGUUGGACUGAUACCUCAUAUGAUAUGCUAGUUGAGCUAUUGAGAAAAGCGUUUCCAGUUCGUGAAACCUUGCCCAAGUUGUUUCCUGAAGCAAAGAAGUUUAAUGAGGCCUUAGGCUUUAGUUACGAAAAAAUUGAUGCGUGUCCCAAGGAUUAUGAUGGAACGACCAAACUAACACAAAUUCCUGCGAAACAAGUAAGGCAUUUUCCUUUAAAGCCAGCGCUUCAAAAGCUUUUCAUGUCAGAGGAAACAUCAAAACAUAUGAGAUGGCAUGCAAAGGGACGGACCAAUGAUGGUAAAUGGAGGCACCCUGCUGAUACACCUGCUUGGAAAAUAUUAGACAAAAAACACCCUGAAUUUGCGAAAGACAUUCGAAAUGUGAGAUUGGGAUUAGCAGCCGAUGGUUUUACCCUGUUUAGAACAAUGAGCAUUACUCAUUGCAUGUGGCCAGUCGUGUUGAUGCCGUAUAACUUGCCUCCAUGGUUGUGCAUGAAACAACCGUUUUUCAUUUUGGCUUUGCUCAUUGAUGGUCCUCAUGGUCCUGGAAAUGAUAUUGAUGUAUACUUGCAGCCUUUGAUUGAGGAGUUAAAUGAGUUGUGGACUAAAGGUGUGCUUACUUUUGAUGCAUCAACCCAACAAAUGUUUCGUAUGCAAGCAACAAUAUUGAUGGGAACUAUAAAUGAUUUUCCAGCAUUAGCAAUUUUAUCUGGUUGGAGCACAAAAGGAGCACUAGCUUGUCCUUCUUGCAAUGUGGAAACCCAAUCUUUAUGGUUGAAGAACUUUAGGAAACCAAGGCCACUUCAUUUGUCUGGUGUUGAUAUUUUUAAACAAGUUCAAUUCAUUCAGAAUAAUUUUGGGAAGGGUGAAGAAAGGGGGAGAACUGCACCUAAAAAGAGACGACUACAUGCUGAUGAUGGAAUAAGUGCCAACACUAUGGAGCAAGGAGUAGAACAUAAUCGGAAAAAGAGAAGUAUAUUUUUUGACUUAGAGUAUUGGGUGGAUAUUUUGAUUCGCCACAAUAUUGACUUGAUGCAUACUCAGAAGAAUGUCUUGGAAAAUAUACUUGGGACACUACUCAAUAUUUUGGGGAAAAUAAAGGACAAUCUAAAGGCUCAACAAGACCUAAAGGUCAUGCGUAUACGCAUGGCACUCCAUCCUCAACAACGGCCUAGUGGGAAAGUCUAUUUACCUCCUGCUUCUUUCACAAUGAGUAAAGAACAUAAAUAUAUAUUUUGCAAAGUGUCGAAAAAUGUUAAAGUUCCUGAUGGUUACCCCUCCAAUAUUUCACGCCGUGUAAACCUCAAAGACACAACUAUUUCAGGGUUGAAGAGCCAUGAUUGUCAUAUUCUUAUGCAACAACUAUUGCCAUUGGCUGCGAGGAGGGCAUUUGCCUAG